AUGCCGGGGAUUGUCGUGGAAGGAGAUGGUGGGCCUAUUACGGAGCACAACACGGUAACGAAUAAAUCUCCAAAGGCUCCUUUGGAGUCCAAGAGAGUAGUGGGUGAGAUGGUUGAAUUACCUUCGGUGGAUAUAUCUAUUGAGCGCUUGUAUGAUAAUGUAUGUGAGAUGGAGAGCUCUUGUGAUGGGUCCCUGUCAAGGCAGAGCUUCGGAUCUGAAGGUGAAGAAUCAAGGAUUGACUCAGAGUUGCGCCAUCUUGUUGGUGGGGAGGCAAGUACAGUAGAGAUUAUGGAAGAGGAAGAAAGCGUAAAAAAUGUUGCUAUAGAGAAAGAAACGGUGCUAUCUAUCAGGAAAACAGACAAAACAGACAAAGCUCGCUACCGCAGUACAGAGUCUUCUGCUUCAUCAAAGCCAUCAAAAAACCCCUCCCAGUCACGUUUGGAAUCUGAUCUAUCCUCGAAAUCUGCUCUAGAAAACAAAGUUUCUCCUGAGAAGAGGGACAAGAGUGUAAAGAAACCAAGCCCUGAUCUUAACAACGUUAAGAAGAGGAGGAAUGCUCCUGGUGGUCGUGAAGAAAAGAUCCAGAACGGACCUUCUGGAGAUCCCUCAGAAGCCGGCAUAGAUAACCCAGAUCUUGGUCCUUUUCUGCUUAAGCAUGCAAGAGAUUUGGUCGCAGGGGACAAUCAUAGGAGGGCUCUUGAUUAUGCACUCCGGGCAGCCAAAUCAUUUGAAAAAUGUGCCAGUGGGAAACCUAGCUUGGACUUGGUGAUGUGUCUUCAUGUUCUUGGUGCAAUUUACUGCAGCUUAGAACAGUAUGAGCAGGCAAUACCAGUCUUAGAGCAUUCAAUUGAAAUCCCUGAUGUAAUAGGGAACCUAGACCAUGCACUGGCAAAGUUCUCUGGGUGCAUGCAACUGGGAGAUGCAUAUUGCUUGCUAGGCCAGGUUGAACAGUCAAUACGCUGUUAUUCAGCCGGUCUUGAAAUUCAGAAGCAGGCCCUUGGAUCCAAUGACCCCAGAGUUGGCGAAACAUGCCGAUAUUUGUCAGAAGCCCAUCUGCAGGCACUGCAGUUUGAUGAGGCCGAGAGGCUGUGCCAAAUGGCUCUUGACAUCCACAAAGUAAGUGGUGAAGAUCCCCUUCUAGAGGAGAUUGCCGACAGGAGGCUCAUGGCCCUCAUAUGUGAGACUAAGGGCGACUACGAAGCAGCACUUGAACAUUUGGUUAUGGCAAGCAUGGCCAUGGUCUCCAAUGGCCAGGAGAUGGAGGUAGCCCCUGUUGAUUGCAGCAUUGGAGAUGCAUAUUUGUCUUUAUCUCGAUAUGAUGAGGCAGUUUUUGCAUACCAGAAGGCCUUGACGGCUUACAAAUUAACUAAAGGGGAGAACCAUCCGACAGUGGCCAAUGUCUUUGUUCGUCUGGCUGUUCUUUACAACCGGACUGGGAAGCUAAGGGAAUCUCGCACGUACUGUGAAAAUGCGCUGAGAAUAUACACCAAGCCACUCCCAGGGACACCGACUGAGGACAUUGCUAGUGGUUUGACUGAUAUUUCUGCAAUCUAUGAGUCGAUGAACGAACAAGAGCAAGCAAUUAAAUUGCUUAAAAAGGCAUUGAAGAUUUAUGAUGAUGCCCCUGGGCAUCAGAGCACAGUUGCCGGGAUCGAAGCCCAGAUGGGGGUGUUGUAUUAUAGAACAGGGAAUUAUUCUGAAUCGUAUAACUCCUUUAAGAGUGGUGUCACAAAGCUUCGUGCGUGUGGAGAGAAGAAGUCUGUUUUCUUUGGUAUUGUUCUAAAUCAGAUGGGCCUGGCCUGUGUGCAGCUCUAUUCAAUAAACGAGGCAGCAGAACUUUUCGAGGAAGCCAAGAGUAUUCUAGACCAGGAGUAUGGUCCAUAUCACCCGGAGACACUUGGGGUCUGCAGCAAUCUUGCAGGAAUCUAUGAUGCAAUGGGCAGGUAUGGUUCUGACCACCCACGCUUUAUUCGCUUACAUCCUUCUUGUUUGCUCUUUCGAUUUCUAUGGAAACUUUAUUUAACAGUUGCAGCAGUGAUCUACAAACCCGUCUAUGAUUCAGAAGAGAAAUAAGUUGUCUUUUAAAGUUAAAUAUGCACCAAUUAUCUUGCCAUUUACAGUUCUUUCUUCGUGUCUUUCCAGACUUGACGAUGCCAUUCAGAUGUUGGAGGACGUCGUUGCCAUAAGGGAGGAGAAGCUUGGGACGGCCAACCCUGACGUAGAUGAGGAAAAGAGGCGUCUGGCAGAGCUACUGAAGGAAGCAGGCCGUGUCAGGAGCAGGAAGACCAGGUCACUGGAUUCCCUCCUCGAUAGCAACUCUCGUGAUGCAAAGGACUCACCCAUGGUAUGA